GCCGCAGGACGCGCAGCCACACCGCGGCUGAGUCUCUGGAGCGAGCCAGGCGGAGCUAGCCAUGAGCUAACGGAGCACCGCGGCUAAACCGAUCCUCCGUGUAACGACGAACCGAGGGGAACACGGGUCCGUGUGCCGGGAAUAAUAAGUCGGCCCCCUUGUUGCAGCUGGACUUUUAUAGCCUUCCUCUCCCGAUCCUUCCCGUUACCUUUCACGCUCGGAUCUCUCGCAAAGCACAGCCAUGGCAGCUGCUAAGCCGAAAGGGCAGAACUCUCUAGCCCUUCACAAAGUGAUCAUGGUGGGCAGUGGAGGGGUGGGGAAGUCCGCCCUCACGCUCCAGUUCAUGUAUGAUGAGUUUGUGGAAGACUACGAGCCCACCAAGGCAGACAGCUACAGGAAGAAAGUGGUGCUGGACGGAGAAGAGGUGCAGAUCGACAUCCUCGACACGGCUGGACAAGAGGACUACGCAGCCAUCCGAGAUAACUACUUCCGCAGCGGCGAGGGUUUCCUCUGCGUGUUCUCCAUCACGGAACUGGAAUCAUUCGCAGCGACUGUCGACUUCAGAGAGCAGAUUCUGCGAGUGAAGGAGGAUGAAAACGUGCCGUUCCUCUUAGUUGGGAACAAGUCUGAUUUGGACGACCGGCGGCAGGUCAGCGCCGACGAGGCGAAGGCCCGCGCCGAGCAGUGGGGCGUGUGCUACGUGGAGACCUCUGCUAAAACCCGGGCCAAUGUGGACAAGGUGUUCUUUGACCUGAUGAGAGAGAUCCGAGCGAGGAAAAUGGAGGACAGCAAAGAGAAGAACGGGAAAAAGAAAAGUAAAAGUUUGGCCAAGAGAAUUCGUGAGAGAUGCUGUAUUUUAUAGUGGUAAAGAGGGCAGGGUGGCUGCUUAUGUACAAAUCCAUUUCUCAGACUUUUGCAUUUAUUUUGUGCCCACACCUGACUAUGACUUUCUGACUGCGUGUCGGGGAGUAGUAAGGUGCCCCCCCCCCACACUCACCAUUUAUAGCUCUAACUCUAUGUGCUGACACUCCAAAUACCUGAUGUGUCUUCCCUGUCUCUUGUCUCUCUCUUAAUCCGACCACAUUACAAAGUCAGGCUGGUGUUUGGUUUUAGGCCUAAGCCCCAAAAAUGUUACCAAACCUUUCAUUGUAAAGUACGAUGUGUAUAAUAUAUUCAGACAAAUGCGCAGAAGAAACCAAUGCGAGCGUCAGAGCCGAGGUUUGGGCGGGAUAGUGGGGGAGAAGAUGUACGUGGACAGACUCUGUGUCAACCCAGAAUUCAUCAAGUGCCACCAAGGAAAUGUACGUUGAACGAGGGAAUCUGAGAAGCGCUUCAAUUGAAAGGUUGUUACGAAGAGCGCAAGUGUGAUGCCAUUCCCAGUUAUCAAUUCUUCCACGUGGUACAGUUAUGGAGUCCAACCUUUUCUUCCAUUUGUUGUCCUCCGUCCCGGCAACCAGCGUAAGCUAGCAGAGCACCGAUGGUUCCGUUUUCUUCCCCUUUCGCGUCGUUUAAUCCUCUCAAAUGCACAAAACGUUGAUCGUUCUUCGAAAUCUGUGAGUGAUUUUCUAACACUUUUUUCAGUAACAUUUCAGAUGUUUUACCUCAUUUCGCCAACAACUUUCUUUGCCUUUUUUUUUUUUUUUCUUUUGAUAAAUGAAUCCCAGGUGCUCCGGAUAAAAGGCGGUUCCACAACACUACGUCCUCCCCUGCUGUUUGUAAACCCAUCGGGGAAAGUCGGGUAAAGAUUUAUUUUUCCAGAUUUAGCUUUUUCUGGCUCUGGAUUUUAAUCACCAUCCGUGUAGUUCCUCUUUUUUUCUUUUAACCUAAACGUAUUCCUUUUUAAUAAGGAAUUGAUCAAUUCGAAGGCAUACAAUGUCAAAAUGAAGGCAGGCUCAAUAGAAGUAAAGUGGUACCUGUCCAAAAAGUUGCUCCCAUACACCAAAGAAGUGUGCUAGCUAGAACAGACAAGUGCCCACUCAUUACUGAUGUGAAUGACAACUUUCUGCAGAGCGCAAGAGGAGGAAACACUGCACAGCUUGUUUCAGAUCUCCCCGUGCACACAGCUGAGGAACUUUAAUUCUGAACGGCUUGGGAAUGAAAUGCAAGGCUACGGGCGGUUUAGUCAUUCCUGUACAGUGCAUCACUGUUGCCUCUCUGUCCAUUGUGAAUGUGAAUAACCCCCCCCCACACACACACACCAACCCCCUCCUUUCUGCCCCCAUCCUGUUUGCCUGUAAUCUUAGCCUGCCAGUGAUGUGCAGAGUUUAAAAGGUCAUUCUGCUUUGUUUACCUUCUGCUUCCCACCCGGCCUGUUCAUUUUCUUAUGCAGUAGUCAUUUUACAGGCAAAUAAGGAUUAAAGCAGUGGGGGGGGAAUGAAGAAUUGCCUGGACCAAAACCCACUGUGAAGUCCCCCCCCUCACCCGCUCGGCUCGCUUAGUUUCUCUUUUAUGACUGAACCAAUUUAUGUCUUUUAGCUUAUUUAAAGUUUAACUUAUUUUUUUUUACUAUCAAAGUGUGACCACUAUCCAGGGGUUAUUGCAACGGCUCACCAUUUACAUGAGGAUUUCCUCACCCAAUAGGAAGCCCAACACUGGAGUCUAUGCAAAAGAAUGUAUCAUUGUAAUUGCAAAGAGGACGAGAACAAGAAAGUUGGAGACAAUUCAAACCAGUGUCGGCAAGAGACUAGAAGCAUUUAAACUGAAAUGCCGAUUAGAGAUCUGACCCCAGCGCAUAUGCUUUUAUGUUUGAAAACACUAAACAUUGUUAAUACAGUAACACUAAUUAACUCAUGGCUUUGAUUACAGGCUUUGUUUGUCAUACAUGUCAUUGUUUUAUUCAUACAAGGGAAAAAAUGCAAAAGAAUGUCCGUGGGAUUUCAUGUAAACUGAAAAGCACAGAGUUUUAAAAUGUAAAGAUAUGUGACGCGAAACCCCAAAUGUUGGGAAGUCGUGGCAACAGAAUGUUUAGAAAGUAGUUUGAGUAAAUGUUUUAAGGGCUAACCUCCAGCACGCCGCACCGUGAUGGAAACGCAGCUGAAAGUUGAAGUGACAGGCGCAGAAAGCGACGUGAGCGAACCGCCAUUUUAUCAACUGCCGUGUGUCCUCAUCGUUGGGGAGAAGCCACCACCGUAGUGCUUGUUUGCUCGCAACAUAUGCAUAUAAAACUAUUGUUUUGGUGCUUUUAUCAUUCUUCAUGUUAAUAUGGCCGAACGGAUUUAAUUGGGGAUUCUAAAACCGACAUUUGUGUGAACGCCAUGAAGAAGCGGUCCUUCGGGGUAUUAACAUAUUUUGUUUUGCCUUUUAUAUAAGUACCCGCGUAAAGCGUAAAUAUCAGUCUAUUUGAUUGGGUGUAUGUAUGCCAUCAAUUCAAUAUCUCCUUCAUGUUCAUUUCAUAUGAACUCAACCACUGAUGUAGACUGUUUGUGAAGGCAAGACGUGAAGCUUUGAUUUCAGUUAUUUUUGUUUGUUAGUGAGGUACUUUGAAAUGAGAAAUAAAGUGGAUAUUACUAAUGACA